AAGUGUCAACACACCACAACUCCCACGCCUCUUUCUUCCGCUACCGAUCCCAACGCGAGUCCAGUUUCCAGAAAUAGCACAGCAGACAUGGCGGGCAAAAAAGGUGGUGCUGCUGGAGAGAACUCAAAGAAGGCGCAAGGACAGGCCCGCAAGGCAGACGCGGCUGCCUCGAAGCAGGCGGCAAAGAGCCAACAAGCUGAAAAGGCAGAAGCAGAGGAAUGGAACAAAGGCUCUAAAUCAAAUGCAAAGGCUGAAGCGGCAGCUGAGAAGGCCGCCGAGGCAGCCCGCAAGAAAGCCGAGAAGGAAGCUCUGCUCCGCGAAGAAGAAGCCUCUCUGCCAUCGAAGCCCAAGGGCAAGGCACCAAAGGCCGAAAAGAAAACCCGCGGUAUUGACUCUGCCCUCGGAUCGUUCGAUACCAAGCCCAGCGCCAUCAACGCCACCGGUAUCGACAACGCGCUCGACGCUUUAGAUAUAACACACGGUAGCCAGGACAAGCUCGACCGACAUCCCGAGAGGAGAUUCAAGGCUGCGUAUGCUGCGUUCGAGGAGCGGAGACUCGAGGAGAUGAAGGACGAGAAGGGUCUGAGGCGGGGACAGAAGAUUGACCAGAUCCGCAAAGAAUUCGAGAAACAUCCCGAGAACCCGUUCAACCAGGUGUCCGCGACGUACAACAUGUCAAAGGAAGAGAUUGCGGCGCUCAAGGACUCGGAGAAGGAGAAGAAGGAGAAGAGGCUCGCGGGCGGCCUCAACUAAGCUGUUGCCCUUGGAUCAUUUCGUUCUUUCGCAUUUGUCGUUGGCCAGCGGUUGGCGUUAUGGAUAGACGUGCGACGGGACGCUUCGAUGGAGGAUGGACCCUGAAUGCACACAAUGGUGCAUAUGAGAGGUCUGGUUAGUCCCACGUAGGGUGUGAGUGCGGUACAACCGCAUAGUAGCAAUGGCUACAGCACUGUGGUAUCAAAGAGCUUGAUCAGCUUCAUCUUGCUUUGGCAUCAUUCGCAUGUUUGAUUUUUAGAGUGACCUAGUGCAAAUAGACUCUUGUCUUGGGCAUGGACAUGGACAUGGACAUGCGUCAUGGAGCUGGCCAAUAUUCAGCCGC